CCUACGGCUAGCCUGCCAGUAGCUCCUUUGCGACGCUGCUGCAGCUCUCCUCUCCCUCCUACCCGCCCACCUGCCGGAAACCGGAGUCCCAACUGCCCUGACGGCGUCAUGGAAUCCGCUCGCUCCUUCCCAGUGCGUCGCUCCACCUUCUUCCUCAGGGUCGACUCCUCAUUGGUGAGAUUAUGGUCACUCAGCCGCUCUCCCCGCCCCCCAAGUGGCUCCGCCCCCAGGGCGGCCACAGGCUCCUCCUCCUCGUCCCCGCCCCUCGUGCAGCUCCUCCGGCUACUCUACUGGCGGCGCGCGAAGUUCUGGGCAAAGUACCGGGAACUGGCCGUGCGGCCGCAGCGCCUUCGAGCGAGGCAGCGCAGCGCAGGGGGGAACCCCAGCGCAAGGAGGCCAGUACGCGGCGCGGGCUCCGGCCCCGCUGUCCUUCCACGAGUGCCCGUCCCCGCCUCGGUCUCCUGCGGCUGGCACGGGAACUGUCUGCUGCGCGUUGCCGGGGGACUGGAGAAGCGGGCUUUGCCUCCUCCCGGGUCUGCGGACGAAGCCCGGAGCCGCACACCAGAGAACUAGGCGGUGUCCCCGGCGGCGGAGCGUGCAGAGAUUUCCUCUGGGUCAUACAAAAUGCUUUUAAAACGUACUGGAUAAGAACUGAGCCACCUGCCUGCGUGGGACUUCUGUACUCUCGGCUCCACUGUCUUCGGAUGGCAUUUUGACCACACCAAAGCCAAGUGACCCACUGCUCAUGAUGAGUGACGAGAAGAACCUUGGGGUGUCCCAAAAACUGGUCUCACCUUCAAGGAGCACAAGUAGCUGCUCCUCUAAGCAGGGAAGUCGACAGGACAGCUGGGAAGUGGUGGAAGGGCUGAGAGGGGAGAUGAGCUACACCCAGGAGCCAGCCAUUCAGAAAGGAUUUUUGCUGAAAAAGAGGAAAUGGCCCUUGAAAGGUUGGCACAAGAGAUUUUUCUAUCUGGACAAAGGAAUCUUGAAAUAUGCCAAGAGCCAAACCGAUAUCGAGAGAGAGAAGCUGCACGGCUGCAUCGAUGUUGGGCUCUCGGUGAUGUCCGUGAAAAAGUCAUCAAAAUGCAUAGAUCUGGAUACCGAGGAGCACAUCUACCAUCUGAAGGUCAAGUCAGAAGAAAUCUUUGAUGAGUGGGUAUCCAAACUCCGCCACCACAGAAUGUAUCGUCAGAAUGAAAUCGCCAUGUUUCCACAUGAGGUUAAUCAUUAUUUCCCCGGAUCCACUGUCACAGACUCAGCAUCUGGGGUCUUGGACUCCAUAUCAAGUAGGAAGCGUAGCAGUAUAUCAAAGCAGAACUCAAUUCAAACCGGAAGCAAUUUAUCAUUUUCUUGUGCUGGUGAGACGCGAGUUCCAUUAUGGUUGCUGUCUUCAGAGGACAUGGAAAAAUGCUCCAAAGACCUGGCACACUGCCACACAUACCUGGUGGAAAUGAGCCAGCUCCUGCAGAGUAUGGACGUCCUGCACCGGACGUAUUCGGCGCCUGCCAUCAAUGCCAUCCAGGGUACAGCUUUUGAAAGUCCCAAAAAGGAAAAAAGAUCUCACAGGAGGUGGCGGUCCAGAGCUAUUGGCAAAGACACUACAGGAACGCUGCAGGUCCCCAAACCUUUCUCUGGCCCAGUAAGACUGCAUUCCUCCAAUCCUAAUUUGUCAACAUUAGAUUUUGGAGAAGAGAAAAAUUACUCUGAUGGCUCUGAAACCUCGUCAGAGUUUUCUAAAAUGCAAGAAGACCUGUGUCAUAUUGCCCAUAAAGUUUACUUCACUUUAAGGUCAGCUUUUAAUACCCUGUCAGCGGAGAGAGAGAAGAUGAAGCAGCUGAUGGAACAGGAUGUCUCCUCCCCGCCCUCUGCCCAGGUCAUCGGCUUGAAACACGCCCUGUCAUCCGCCCUAGCACAAAACACAGACCUUAAAGAACGCUUACGCAGAAUCCAUGCUGAGUCUCUACUCCUCGAUUCCCCCGCUGCUGCCAAGUCGGGUGACAGUCUGGCAGAGGAAAACUCCAGAGAUGACAGCCGAGCUCUGGUCCAUCAGCUUUCCAACGAGAGUAGACUCUCCAUCACUGACUCCCUUUCCGAGUUUUUUGAUGCACAGGAAGUUCUGUUAUCUCCUAGCUCUUCAGAAAAUGAGAUUUCUGAAGAUGACUCCUAUGUCAGUGACAUAAGUGAUAACCUUUCCUUAGACAAUCUCAGUAAUGACCUAGAUAAUGAGAGACAGACCUUGGGGCCUGUGCUUGAAAGCGGCGGCGAAGCCAAGUCCAAGCGAAGAACUUGCUUGCCGGCGCCGUGCCCCAGCGCCAGCGCCGUCAGCCUGUGGAACAUCCUGCGGAACAACAUCGGGAAAGACCUGUCCAAAGUGGCCAUGCCGGUGGAGCUGAACGAGCCCCUGAACACGCUGCAGCGGCUGUGCGAGGAGCUCGAGUACAGCGAGCUCCUGGACAAGGCCGCCCAGAUCCCCAACGCCUUGGAAAGGAUGGUGUACGUGGCCGCCUUCGCUGUCUCGGCAUAUGCGUCCAGCUACUUCCGAGCUGGGAGCAAGCCCUUUAAUCCUGUUCUCGGAGAAACGUAUGAGUGUAUCCGUGAGGACAAAGGCUUCCAGUUUUUUUCAGAGCAGGUCAGCCACCAUCCACCUAUCUCUGCAUGUCAUGCUGAGUCUGGAAAUUUUGUUUUCUGGCAAGAUGUGAGAUGGAAAAACAAAUUCUGGGGCAAAUCCAUGGAAAUUGUUCCUAUUGGCACAACCCACGUGACUCUGCCAGCCUUCGGAGAUCAUUUUGAGUGGAACAAGGUGACCUCUUGCAUCCAUAACAUCUUAAGUGGCCAGAGAUGGAUCGAGCACUAUGGAGAGAUUGUCAUCAAGAACCUGAAUGAUGACUCCUGCCACUGCAAAGUGAAUUUUAUCAAGGCAAAAUACUGGAGCACUAACGCCCGUGAAAUUGAAGGCACAGUAUUUGACAAGGAUGGAAAAGUGGUGCAUCGGCUGUUCGGGAAAUGGCAUGAAAGCAUCUACUGUGGGGGAUCAUCUUCAUCCACGUGUGUCUGGAGAGCAAAUCCCAUGCCAAAAGGCUACGAGCAAUAUUAUGGCUUCACACAGUUUGCCCUGGAAUUAAAUGAAAUGGAUCCAUUGUCAAAGUCUUUAUUACCACCUACGGACACUCGAUUUAGACCAGACCAAAGGUUCCUGGAGGAAGGGAACAUAGAAGAAGCUGAAAUACAAAAGCAGAGGAUCGAACAGCUGCAGAGAGAAAGGCGGCGGGUCUUAGAAGAAAACUGCGUGGAGCACCAGCCGCGGUUUUUCAGGAAAUCCAGUGAUGACUCCUGGGUGAGCAAUGGCACCUAUUUGGAACUUAGAAAAGAUCUCGGUUUUUCCAAACUGGACCAUCCUGUCUUAUGGUGAAAAAGGAAAGAAGAAUGAUACAUCCUAAUACUUAUCCUGCAUUUGCUUUCUGAAGCCACAAACCUGCGUCUAUGUAUUUAGAAGAAAUUAUCUAGAAUGAUCACCUGUGCUUAGCUUAGCAUUGUAAGUAGUAAAGUAUGUCUUUUCUUCAAUAGGUUUCUUUACAAUUUCAAAUGUUAUCACAAUUGUUUAUAUGAAUGUAGAACACCUUGAUAUUUCAUUUUAUAUAUAAACUAUUUAAUAAAAAUGCAAGAUUGAAUGUUAAUGUGUGGGUUAAAAAAGAAGCUUUAACACUAAUUUUCCAAAGGUUAGGAAAAUUCAAAUUAAAUUUAUGCCUUAUAAAAUUGUGUUGGAGACAAAAAUUUAUCCAGGUGCAUUAAGAAAUAUGAAUACCCAAGGUUACUCACUCAUGCAUAAGCUACCCGAGUUUAAUUUGGUAACUCGGAUCUCUUUUUGGCUCCAGUGGCUCUGGAAUGGCUGGUAGGAAACAAUUCUGCUGGUGCUGGAGUCUGAAGAAUAUUUGCAUUUGCAUUUUGGCGGUUGGCAGGAUGGUACAAGAGUAGUGGAAUGUAUGUUUUUAAUAUCGAACAGAUACGGCGCCUUCCUGAAGAGGAGGAAGCAUUUGAGCUCAUCCCUCCCUAGAGGUGUAUUGCCUUCUGUGCAAAAUUGUACCCUGUUGUGCAGAGAAAUUGUCAUCAAUCUGAGACAUUCCCAUUAAUUAAAUGCUAUAGUGGCAUCCCAGAGACAUGGUAGGAAAUUUCUCCUUAGUGAGAACUGAACUCUUGACAAGUUAAACUAUUUUCUGCUUCCCACCCCCACCCCUGGGUUCCUCACCCUUUACCAUAGCUCUGUGGAGUAUGGGAUGUUCCAGUUCAGCCUAAAACAUACAGUGCAUUCCACACAACAGUUUGACUUUCUAAAAGUUUAGCAAAAUAAUGGAUUAUUUUAAAUAAUGCGUUUUUCUUAAAUACUGUUUUGAUAUUUUCUACCUCUUAAUAACACCAUAUUUUAGAUCUUGUAUAAAAAGUUUGACCAUCUGCCUUAUAGACAAUGUAGGGAAUUGAUGUUCUUCUUUGUGUUGUGUUCUGAUAACCUCUUUCCUACACUUUCCUCUUACUCAUUUUACUCUUCUGUGAGUUUUGCAGCAGUCUUGAAUAAUACAGAUUACAACUAGUAAAAGGGGAAACUUUGUCUUUUUAAAUAUGUUACUUUGAUGUACAAUAAUACAAUUUGUGCAGUAGUUGAAGUGUGUUAUCAAAGCAAAGCCAACUUCUGCCCAGAUUACAUUAAAACCAAAGCCUAAUUUUUAAGCCUUUUAGUCUAAUGUCCAUAACAAUCCUAUGGAAUAUCAAGUAUAAUGGUGUAGUAAAAAGAUUUCUCCAGAAAACGCUUACAGAUAAUUAAAUAAUUUCAGAGCGUGUAGAAUUCUGUGAACGAAAAGUAGAAUAAGUGAUGGGGAAAAAAGAAUGCAUUUUUUUUUCCAGUGUCACACCAAAUAAACAAGUAGUUGGACAGCAUUGCAUUUUCAAAAUGGAGUUAUUUAAAGUGGGUCAGUAGCCUUUUGGACUCUGCAAGUGAUUAGCAUUUAAAAACAAUAAAUGGCUUAUUAAAUAUUACACUCGUUCCUUCCAUAUCAGGAAAUCAAGAUGAAUACAAUGUGAAUAUCAUUUCCAUUUCUAAGCAGUUUAGAUGACACAGUCCAAUUCUUCGGCAUAUGUGCUUUGUUCUUUUCUUUUCAAGCAUGUAUCCGAAUUCUCCUCACACACAGGAAGAAGCAUUCUGUAGAUUUAAGGAGACUCAAGGGAAAACCAAAUCCAGUUUUCACAUUAUGAAGGAAAAUGCAGACUUUGAGCAAUACUGACUACUAAAUAGGCCUCCUCCAGAAGCUGGCUCAAAAAAGACCAAAACAAAACAAAAACCCACCACAAGAAAAGCAAGACAGGCAGCCUGAAUGGCUGUAGCUUUGUCAUACAGUAUCUGGAAAUGUUUUAAUUCUCCCGCUAUUUCAAUUGAUCUUAUGCUUUAUUUUGGAAUCACAAGCAUAAAUACCACCUUGGUAGUCAUCUUAUUUGAGAUGCAAGUGGAGAUAAAUUAGAAUAGGAUAUGGAACCAUAUGCAAAUUUAAAAAGCUACUGGUCAGGUGCCUCGUUAGCGCAACAGGUAGCGCGUCAGUCUCAUAAAAAGCUAUUGGUCAGUAGUACCAGCCCUAUAAAGGGCGUUUCUAAAAUUUAAAUAGCUUAGUGAUGCAUCCUGUUAUUAUAGUCUUAAAACUACCUUGAAGGGGAAAUGGUUUCUUUUCUCCUUCAGUCCCUUUUCUCCAUAGCACCUCCCCAUCUCAUCUGUAGCUCAAGGGCUUUUGCUAUUUUUAAGGCAAAGAAAAGAGAAACGUGUUGUUCUUUGGGAAGAAUGAGGGUAGAAUUCAGCUUUUUGGACUUUGAAAAUCCCAAUCCAGUAAUUGUGAUCACCAUGCCAUCUGAGAUACAUGCUUUAACCUCCAUAUUCUUCCUGAUUAUUCUAUCCCAAAUUGAUGGUGAAUUACAUAUGUAUUCUUGAAAAUGGAAUUCUGGGCAGUCGACUACCUUGUACUUCGGAUGUGCCUGUGGCCACUAUAGAUUACCCCAAGCUGCAGGAGAUCCUUCUGGAAGAGUCCAGCAGCCUCCGGUGUGGCCUGACAGCAGAUCCCUUCGGCUGCAGGCCCCAGAGCAGAGGCCGGUAUUACCCUGAGUCAAAUGUAAUCAUCGGAAUCCCACUGAGGCUCUCCCGGCCCUUCACCCCCCAAGAAGUCAGUCUGGUUCCGGGACUAACUGAACAGCCGAGUUCACUUUAGGACAACAGUCCAGUUCUCCAUCAAGUCGCUAGAGUGCCCCAGCAGCCCACAGUCUUUGUGUGCUUCCCAUGGGACUCUCUGGAAGAGAAAAAUACACAAUCUAAAAAAAACAACAACAACAAAACAAAACAAAACAAAAAAAAACCUCUUCAUGUUUACUUCAUUUGAGCUGCUGCUUUUCCUAUAUUCUCCUUUUAAUUACUUCCAGUAAAUCACGUGCUUGGGCUUCAAGGACUGUCCCUCAUCUGUUAUUUUCCAGAUUUACGAUGAGUGCUGCUAUAAGCAGUCUCCACCCUGAAAGAAAAGAAUUAAGUUUUUAUUUGGCAAUUGAACCUUGCUGUAGGCCUACUACAUAUUCAGUGAGUUAUAUUAUGCCCUCAAGCUAUCAUAGAAUUUUCUCCGACCUUUUAGUUGUGAGUAGGAGCAAUAAAGUUGUUCUUAUGAUGUUAGGAGUAAUAGUUCCAAUGUAUUAGCAUACUUUAUUUGAAUGUCUUUAAUUUUGAUAUUAACAUGGGCAUAAAUCUAUUUUUGCUACCAGAUGAUAGCUAUUUUCAUGCGUUAAACUUCCCUCUGCAUUGUAUAAAUCUGUUACUUGCUGUUAGUCUUUAUUUUUCUGUGUUGGAAAUAUUUAUCACAGGAGUAUCUGUAAAUCAUGACAGAAAAUCCAAACCAUUUUCUGAGACCUUUGUUGUGCGUUACAUAAUGAUAAGUUGCAAUUUUAUUUUAUUCAUGAUGAUAUUAUCUUCCUCCAUUACCUUCAGAGGAUAUUAUUUUUUUUAAGAAUAUCUGUAAAUCUUCUAUCUAGCUGUGUAUAAGAUUAUUUUCUGCUUAAAUCCCACCCUUCCACUCAUAUACCCCAUUCUCCCCAAAACGUUUGUGCUAAUUUGUUUAUCCCCCUCAUGUAGCUUAGUUGAUGGUGAAUAAAUAACAUGGAAAAAGGG